UAAAAGAUCGGCAACAGAAAGAGAUGGAGAAAGAAAAGAUGAUCAUGAGAGAGAGGGAGGAAGCAGGAAGAAGAAAGGAGGGGCAGAAAAAUAUUUUGGGGGAAAUUGAGGGACAGAAUGAACUGGAGAUAGAACAGGAGAGAGAGAUGGAAGACAAGCAUGAAGUGAUUAAGGAAGUAGAGGAAGAGUACAGGGAAAGAGAAGAGAGAGCAAAGGAAGUAAGCAUGAAGAAACAUGUAGUAGUUAAUGUUAAAGCAAAAGCACGGGAAGUCUUCCAUAGACGUAAAGAGAGAAGGUUAGAAGUGUUGAAGGGGGAACGAGAACACAUAGAAAGAGGACAACAAAUCAGGAGGGAGAAGGAGGAAAGACGGCUGGAGAUGGAAAGAAAACAGGAGAGGGCAAGACAACGAGAGGAGCAGGAUAAAAAACAAGAGAUUGAAAUUGCUAGACAGAAAGAAAUGUUCAGACUAAGAGAGGAGGAGAGGCAGAGAGAGGAAGAGAGAGAGGAGGAGAGAAAGAGAGCCGUUAAAGGCCAUUUAGCUUUAAUCAGAGAGAGAGAGAUAAUAGAGGCAAACAAAAGAGAGGAGAUGGUGGAAGAGGAAAGAAGGGAAUUCAUUGAACAUUACAAGAGGGGUGACUUAGAGGAGGAGGAGGAAAAGGAAGAAGACAAGGAGGACAUUCUCCCACCUGAUAAAAGUAUCCGAAGGAGAGCUGUGGGCUGGAUAAAUAAGAAGUGGGAGAAGAGGAACCUCAAGAAGAUCGAGAGAACCUAUCAGAGAGAAGCUGAGGAGGGCUAUAAGAUCGUCCACAUAGCCAUCCCUGGACACACAAGGCUAACAGCCACCAUGACACGGGCAGAGAGAGAGAGGGAGAAGAGGAAGGAGCUGCUGAAGGCUGAGAAGAGAAGGAAGAAGAUGGAGGAUUUUAAUAAGCAGUGGAGAGAGCAGUCCCUGCUUAAAAAACAAACUCAUCAGAAACUGAAGGAGGAGAGGGGGAAGAUGAAGGGACAUUACCUGGAGCAGAUGAAUCUGGAGGCUGAUGCUCAAAUCAACACCCGGUGUCUAACCACCCAACACAGCCACGAUUAUCUGGAGACAACACAGCCCACUGGAUCUGGAGAUGGCCACCAGGAAAGGCCAAGGAGGCAACAGGCAUGGGCAGAGAACCAGGAGGGGAGUUCAGAGAACCAGCAGGGGGGGCCAGAGAACCAACAGGGGGGGCCAGACAGCCAGCAGCUAGAAGCUCCAGAAGAGGCUGAAACAUCAGAGCCAACCUCCAAGAACAAGAAAAGGCCAGGCAUCUGGAAGAGAAUUAAGAUGGGGUAAAGAAUGUUUAAACAUCUAUUCAUGUUUUACACUGUUAAUAUAUAUGUUGUCACUUUAAAAAGUGACAUUAUCCAAAUGUGAGGGUUUA